AUGAGGCGCGCGCACCGGCAUUCCAGCGGGCAGGGAACGGGUGGCGGCGUCAUGAGCAGCACCAGCGCGACAGUCUUUCCGGCAGCAGAGUUAGCCGACGCAGAGGCAGAAAAACUGUGGAGCGCGGAUCGCAGUGGCGGCAACGAUGCGGCGAAGCAUGCGACGGUGCUGGAGCGUUUGUGGAGACCAGUGGAGUACGCCCUAAUGGACAUCUGCUACGCGAUUGAGGAUCGGUUCAUUAUUCCACAGAACAUCACACUCGUGCCGGCGCUCGUCGAGGAAGAGCUCACCCACCGGCAGGGGUUUUUGAUGCUUGUGGGACACUUCAUCUCGAUCUCAACCCUCAUGGUGUUUGCCGCAUACUCCCGCCGCCUGAGCAACCUGAUGAGUGGGGCGUCGCCAGUAAUGGGUGAGAUUCUCUUUUGCGUGUCCCACCUCUCUCAAGUGACUCAGGAACAACUAGGCUGGAGCCUGUUCUGCACCGGCUUCCUGUCACCCAGCACCUUUGAGUGGACAACGACGGAGGGCGGCUGCAGCGGCCCUGUGGCGAUAUUGAGCGGGGCAGGCAGCCAAAGCACCAAGCGGCAGAUGCUCGGGGCCAAUAGCGGUGGCGGAUUCGGCGCCAACGGCGCGUCAGCCGGUGGGCCGCAGGGCUCGACUGGGAUGGGCGGUGGCAGUCCCGGGGGCAUGGCGGGCUGUCCGUGCACGGGUGGGAACCUGGUCCGGUACUUGUUGGGGCGCAAGGCGAACAUGAUUCGCCAAGAGUCGUUGCGGUCGUACCUGUACUCCAGCUUUCACUCGCCGUCGGCGUUCUUGGUGGAGCAGACGGUGUGGUUUGUCGUUUUGGCGGUGACGAUGGAUCUGGUCUCUAUGCAGCGGCUAGCCGUGGCAGCCUUCUUCGCAAACGUUGUGGGGUGGCUGCCGGUGUACUCUGUCAAGUCGUUGGCUGGGCUGGGGGUGGCUCUGGUGGUGGGGUUCAUGUAUUGGAUUCCAUCGUCGGAGGUGGAUGACGCCGUUCUCUCCGUCACAUUUUUGCAGCGCCCCUUGCGCCGCGUGCUCUCGGCCUACUGCGCCUCCCUCUGCAUCACUCUCUUGUUUGCCGAGACGCUCCUGCUGGAUGACGUGCGACGGGUGAUUGUUCAUGCUCUCUUUUCGCUGCCGCAGCGGCUGCUGCGCGUCGGCGGACAUCACCCGGUCGUUGCAAAACUCGUUCACGGGUGCGCGUGGCUGCGGUGCGAGUACUUUUACUUUGUCGACUUUUACUUUUUCUUGGGGAUGAUGUGCUGGUUGUCACUCGUCUUGAUGGAGACGGCGGCGGGCAUCUCGGUGUUCGGCACCGCGGCGUUGUUAACUGUGGCUCCGUGGCUGGUCGGCAGCGGGUGGAGGGAGACGCCGAUGCAGGCGGUCAAGGACACGGUUAUUUAUGUCGGUUUCUACGUGGUAGUGGCGCUUCUGCUCGCCCACGUUGUACCGUGGAGCGGGCUGGCGUUCCUGUCGAAUGCCGUUCAGUCGGGUGCAGUGUUGUUUCUCAUGGCUGCGCGCUGCGAGCACAAGCAGCCGGGCGGGAGCGCGUACGUGCUGCUCUGGGUGGCGAUGAUGUGCGUCUACCUCUACAUGAAAGCUGGGACGAUGCGCGGGACAACGGGCUCAUUGACGUGGAGCCUGCACGACUCAAACCCUCGCGCCAACUUUGUGAAGGCGGCGUACGCAGUGUGGUGCGGCAAACCGGCGACGGAAGAGGGGGCGCUCAGCCUGCUUCGCCUUGCGUGCAUCACUUUCUGGCAGCUUCUCUCCAAAGGUUUGAGCGAAGAGGGCAUGCAACUGCUGCACUUCAACGUAGUCGUUUUCGGCUCCAUGCUGCUGUUUUCCACCACAAUGCACGCCGUGUUCGUGGAGGGCGUACCCUUCUCGAGCCCUGGACCAGCGGUAUCGACCUCAGCGGAGGCCACAAGCACACCCGCCGCAGCAUUGGCAGCUUCCACCAUGUCACCUUUGCCGACGAGCACGACUGCUGCUUCCGCGAAAGGCGAUCACAACGAUGGCGCUGUCCAAGCCUUGAUAGGGCGUCAGUGCUGCUGGCGUGGCGUAUUAAACGGCCCCCACUGUAGUGCGCCGACGUCCUCGUCAUGUGCGAAAAACAGAGCUGUGCCACAUGUUGGCGGUGCAAAGCCUUCGUCGUCAUCGACUGCAAGCACCAUGAGACGCUCAUGGCAGGCACCAACUCAGGCCGCGGCUGCUGCGAUUGACGUCUGCGUCAGCGGCAAGGGCAGUGAUGGUGGUGCAGUACCGGGGGAGGGCAGAUCGGAGGAGACUGUGGCAGAGGCACUUGUGGAGAUGGCAAAGGUGAUCGAAAAGGGAAAGGAGACCAUCAGAGAAGUGGGAUCUGUUGCACAAGGAUUCGACGAGCAACUGGCCUGGCCAGCGCCUCCGGCCGGCACAGGUGUGUCGCCUGUCAAGGAAGGGGGGGCGCCUGCGGCGUUAGGUAAAGAGACGAAAAUACCAGCGACGCCGCGAACUUCGGCGUCGAGUGCAAGCAUGUCGAAGCGCGACGACAAUCAGAAGGAUCCGCGGUCACAGCUGUCCACCGCGUCGUUGACCCAGAACCCGACAUCGGUGGACGAGGCUGUGAGGGAGGAGAAUGAGAAACCGCCUCCUCAGCCGAUCCGUGGUCCCAACGGCACGAAAACGGAGGCGGCGGCACCCGUGCCUCCGAGAGAUGAGAGCGACCUCAUCCUGGAUGCGUCGCGGAGCGCAUCCCCUGAGAAGAUUGUCAACUGCACCACCGCAUCUUUCACCUCAACAAUGUGCCGCUCCGACAUGAGCUCCCCCACCCCAUCCAGCUUCCGCCACGAGCAAGCCGCAUCGCUCGCGAGUCGCAGCUCGACAGCCGCAGAGACACCAUUGGAGACUCGUUGCGAACGGCAGGAGCGGGAGCGCGACAAAGAUCGACGACACGAGCGAGAGCGCGUCAAGACGCCGGCAUCCACGACCUCUAGUGUCUCGGCUUCACCGUUUCCGGCGACAAAGCCGGAGCGGGAGGAGGAUGGUCAGAGUUCGCCGCAGCAGCGGACAUCCAAGUCUUCAUGGGGGCAGAAGAAGUCAGCAGACACCGAAACACCAACUGCUGCGUCCUCGGCGCCCGCUCUUCCACUGCCACGCUCCCGUACAGAGAACCUAAAGAAGGCCGCGGAGGCCACGAUGAGUCCCCAGGUGACCAGCCGCCAGACGGCUGUGACAGAGAGUAAGGAGGCGGUGCGGUCGAAGAACUCAGUACCGGACGGUAGGACAGCAGCAGCUUCUGCCGCCAAAGCAGCACGUUUAACGGAAUCGACGGCGUCGACCGGUGCUGCCUCGGCUGCUGCGGGGGCCGAGGUGGGGGCCACGAACGACAAGGGGAAGGCGGCCAGAGACAGUGGCGAAGGCAAGAAGGCCGGCGGCAAGGCGAAAGUGGCCGCGGACAAGACCAGCACGAGCAGCGACGCUGCAGCUGUGCCAUCUCCAGGGGACGCAAAAGCGGUGGAGCCGGCUGCCGCCAGCAUGCCCGUUCUGUUCCCGCUUCCGAAGCCGCACCACGGGCACAAGCUGGCGGAUGAGGCGCCCGCCACUGCAACCGUGAAAGCACCGGCCGCCGCAGCCAAAACAACAGCUGGAGAGGCGGCGGGUGGCGAAAAGCGAGGCAGCAACAACGCCGCCUCCUUCCCCAUGCCGGACAAGGUGGGUGUGGCAACUGCAAAGAAAGCCGCAGCAGCAGCACCACUCCAGAUCUCGGCCUCGGCACCAGCACCCACGGCGUUGUCGUCACAGUCUGUCGCGACGGCACCGGCGGUGCUGCCAUUGCCGUUACCGCGCUCCGCACAGGCAGCUGAAGCUGACAGCGCGGCAGGGGCUGCUCAGGCAUCACCGGCAAGUGGCGCGCAGCCCCAUGAGGCACCGUUACAGCAGGCCUGGCGCGACUUGCGAUGGGCAAGCGCGGCUUCAGAGGCGACACCAGCUGCCGAUACAGAUGAGUCUGGCCCGGUGUCGGCGAGUGGGCCGAAGCAGAACGUCAAGAGCAAACCCUCCGCCGCGGCAGCUGCGGAUGAUGCAGAAGAGUCCGACGUCAGCUACGAUCUGGACCGUGUACUCAACUUUCUCAGACUGAAAAUAAACUACGCAGCCGGUGUGGACGAUGGUGAUGACGAUGACGGCAGCAGCUCCACUGUGUCGAAUGCGGACUGCCGGCACAACCCUACGUCCUUUCUUCACUCGGACUCACCGGAGCACUCGACAACGACACCGAAGCGCUCGCUGUCGAAUGCGCCCGAGGUGAAGUGCGGCGUAUCUGCAGCAGCUCACUUGGGAGUCGAUGCGAGCGUGUCUCGCACGGUGCCGCAGCGGACUGAAGAGGCUGGUGCUGCGCACGAGUCAUUGGCGCUGAGGCAACCGUCCGGAAACGAGCCAAUCACGAGCAUCCCGCAGCGCGUCUCCCAGGCGAUUCAAUCCGUUUCCGAGUGGACGGUCAAGAGCAGAAGUGGCUUCGGCGACUGUCGAACGGACUCCUUCGCCUCUACAAAUCACAACAGCGCCAACUCCAGCGGCAACUGCGCUCUACACGACCGCAGGUCGAAUGGCUUUCACGUCUUCUUCACGCACCCGAACGCGGCAAUGGCUACGAAGGCCGCCGGGAGCUCCUUGUCCCCGCACCCGCGGCCAGUGCACAUGGACGUGGCGUCGCGUGGCGGCGAACUGCUGCCCUCUGAGAUGAUGGAGAGCGGCAUAGAAUUGUCGGCAGCUACGCGGCACAUGGACUUUAACGCUGCCAGCUCCUCGUUGGGGCACUACCAGGUGUCGGAGAUCGUUGCGCCGCCUUCGCCGCCGUUGGAGUCGCGGCAGUCGUCCUCUUCGCACAUGCCAUUUAGCGUUUCUACCUUCAACCACAGCGGAUCACUGAUGUCGUCGAUGUCCAGCAUCGGGCGAUCCAACUCCGACACUGCGGAGGAUCGGAGCUCGGUGCUCCCUCGCAUGCGAGUCGCGCCAAAUGGCCGGGUGUCGGUGAGUGAGCAGAUGGCAACGCAAAAGGCGAAACAGAGCGUUUCGGUUGCUGACACAAUGCAGCAGAUGCAGUUUGCUGCGCCGAGCAUGCAGCAGACGAUGAUGGUGAUGAUGCGCGCCCCGGAUGGACAGAUGGCCUUGUACCCGAUGGUGUACAACCAGCCGGUGUAUAUGGCGGAUGCGAACAGGGUGAUGCAGCCCGCACAGAGUGUCCAAAUGACGUCACAGCCGCCGCCACAGCAGCAGCAGCCGAUCGUAUACGCUGCUGCCUCACCGUCGCCGGGGCAGGCGGUAGAGGUUGCCUACCACAUCGCACCUGACGGCUCGUACAUGAUGGCAGCGAUGCCUCGGAUGCCGCAGCAGAUGAUGGGCCAGUAUCAACAACAACAACAAGAGCCAUAUCAGCGGUUUUGA